UUAAGUAGCGCGCCCUCACGAUGAAUCUUCCGGAAUUUAGAUUGAGAAGACGUGGUGUGUGACCGUGGAAUCAUCUUCCUAUAUUUUUACGUUUAUUUUGAUAUAGUUUGUCAGAAAUUCAAAAUGCCACCCAAAAAGGGAGGAGGAGGACCGAAUAAGAAAACAGUAGAGAAGAAGAAGGAGAAAGUUAUAGAGGAUAAGACAUUUGGCUUGAAGAACAAGAAAGGAACUAAACAGCAGAGGUUCAUCAGCAAUGUGACCCAGCAAGUCAAGUAUGGAAACCAAAAGGAUGCAAAAAAGAAUGCUGACCUAACGGCACAGAAAGGAGCCAAGAAAGAUGCCAAGAAGAAAGAAGCGGAUGAGCUAAACAUGCUCUUCAGGCCAGUCAUGGAGGCUCAGAAACUAUCUAAAGGAGCUGACCCUAAGUCUGUAUUGUGCGCCUUCUUCAAACAAGGAUCGUGUUCCAAAGGGGAUAAGUGUAAAUUCUCCCAUGACCUCAACAUACAGCGUAAGGCAGAGAAGCGUAGUGUGUAUUCGGAUGUCAGAGAUGAUGAAUUAGCAAAUGACACCAUGGAUAACUGGGACGAGGAAAAAUUGAAAGAAGUCGUCAGUAAAAAACACGGAGAUGCUAAUGAUGUGAAAAACAAAACUGAGAUUGUUUGCAAGUUCUUCAUCCAGGCAUUGGAGAACAUGAAGUACGGUUGGUUUUGGUCUUGCCCCAAUGGUGGGAAAUGUAAAUACAGACACGCCCUUCCACCUGGGUUCGUUCUCAAGAAAGAUAAGAAGAAGAUGGAUGAACAGGAGGAAGAGCAAAAGAUAUCCUUAGAAGAACUUAUAGAGCAAGAGAGGAAUAAAUUAACAGGGGAACUAACUAAGAUCAACCUUCAAACCUUCAUGCAAUGGAAGAAAAGGAAAAUAGCAGAAAAGAGGGAAAAGCUGGAGGCAGAUCAAAACAAGAAACGAAAUGAACUGAAGCAAGGCAAAUCACUCGGGGUUACAGGACGUGAGCUCUUCCAGUUUAAGCCCGAGAUGGUCGGAGAAGACGAGGAUGAAGGAGACGUAUUCUCUUACAAACGAGAAACGGAAGAAGAGGAGGAGACGGGUAAUGUACAGGACGUCAGUAUAGAGGCGUUUGCUGCUUUAGCCAUGGAGGUUGAUUCGUCUUCAGCCAUCACCAGUAGACCUGACGCACCGCAACCUACUACCAAUGGACAUGAUGAUGAUGAUGAAUCGGGUAAACUUGAUCAAGCCGCUGCCAUAGUCCCCGAUGAGGAACCUACGUUAGGGGCCAUCGCAGCAGCAGAGGGAGCCCUAGCGAACGGCGGUGAUAUUGACAUUGACGAAGACCUGUUUGGUGCCGAAGCCGACAUCGAAAAUGAAUUAGAUCAAAUUGACCUCGACGAUUAAAAGUUGGUGAAUUUUAAUUCCGUGAAACAAUGCCUUCUGGAUAUCAUGAAACCAAGUGUAAUGAAGAUUUCAGCAUCAGGGUUAGUUGCGGGUGUGAGAGAGAGAGAACAUGGAUUCGUCCUGCCUUGCUGUAUCCUGUCAAGAAGUCAUCAUUGAUCCUUGUCUUGGACACCUAUACACUACAGUCUUUGGAGCAAGAUCUUCAGAGACAUGAAGACAUCGAAAAGCGAGCUUUAGUCCUAAGCAGACAAGAACUUAACUUUCAAAGUUUCUUCAAGAAGCCCAAUCCUACAGUAGGUCUGACCCCUUGGAGCUUCCUCAAUAAGCGUACAGACCUCUUCUGUCAAGGUCUUGUUUACUCAAAGACCUGCAAUCAAUCAAAUGAAAAUAACAUUUUGAACACUGAUCCUGCUUGGUGGAACAUUGGUGAAUUGAACAAUAUGUGCAUCCAACUGUGUAUCUGAUGUGCCAUUGCAAGUUUCGUGAUUGAUACAGAUUUCAAUGUUAUGGAGCCCAGGGCCCCGUCUUACAAAGAGUUAAAAUUGAUCCAAUCAAUCGUAACUCGAUGGAAAUCCAUCAGUGUCAUCAUUUUUUCUACUGGAAAUGUGCAAAUGUCCUUUGUAAACAAAGGAGAACACACCGAACUGUCAAGAAAUCAAUGAAUUUAUGGAUAUACAUUCAUAUCUAGAAAAAAAUUUGAGCAAACAUGCAUUUUACAUGUUGACUUUGCUGGCUUUCCAUAGUUGCGAUUGAUCAGAUCAAUCGCAAGUCUUUGUAAGACAGGUCUCAGAGGCCCAGAACUGCACUCAACCGACAAAGCUCACCCCAACUCAUCAUCACAAUCCGGUAUUAUGGAUGAUUGACUGACGAUGGAAUGCAAAAGAAUGUGGCUUCAGUGACAUGUGGUCUUUGUUUUAAAUGUAUACAGGUUGUCCUUUAUUCAUGUGACAUUUUGUCCCCAUUUUAAUACAAAAAGGACCUUGUGGUGUUUGACAAAGAGGUUAGUAUGACUUGAAAUCACACAGAACUAAUCCAGCCCUGGUCAUAUUGUGUUGUGUUUGAAAGGAGAAAAAUAAAUAAAACAGAAUGGUGAAAGUUUGAAAGAAAUCGGACAAGCAAUAAGAAAGUUAUGGCUGUUUUAAAAUUGAGAUCUCUAAGACUAUGUAGAUUUCAAAUUGGCAACUGGGUAAGUAAAUUAUGACAAGAGGCAAGGACAACUUUCCCAUAGGCCAUGUACUUUAUUAUUAGUGAUUUGUGGUUUUCUCCCAAGUACCCAUUCCUCUGGGGCUGUAAUCUAAAUAUAGCCUAGGUAGUAUAUUGUUUUAUGUCCUCAUUAAAGAAAAAUAUAAUUUGAAGUAUUGAUUUGAAAAAAAAAAAUGAAAUUUUAAUCAUUUUAUGUAUUGGGGUACAUGGAAGAGUAGUCCUUGCCUUACAUCACUAUGACAUCCCAUAUGCGGCCAAUUUGAAAUCUCCAUAGGUAUAGUGAUUACCAAUAUUCACAAAUUUUAAAAAUUCAUAACUUUCUUAUUGUUUGUCCGAUAUUGUUCAAACUUUCACCUAUCAACUUGUCUGAUUUUCUUUUUUCCUCUAAAAGCACGUUUUUAUUUGGGUUGGAUUCCCCUUUAAGUUUGAUGUUAGUGACUUAUAAAUCUUUGUGAAACACCACCCUCGUGUUCAAUAGCUUAUCCUUCCAUAAAUAGGAUCAAAUUAAAUAACUGGUGUAAAAAAAGAGUAAAAAUCAUCACACAUUGUUGGUGUAUAUCAUUUACCACAAGAAAGGAUCACCAGCUUUAUGAAAUACCCACCUGAUAUAAACAUGACGCAAAAUCACCACUUUCAUAAAAAGUUUAAAAUAUCUACAUUUUCAUGAUUUUGUUCUAGAUUUCUGACUUAGAAUUUUUGGAUAAUAAAGAUAUUGACUGGCUCUACUUUCAUGGAACAUCAAAUCGCAAAAUUGCAAUCGUCAAUCAAAAUCAUCCCAAAUAUAUGAAGCUUUAAUGAGAUAUAUACAUAUAGAUUUCACCCAGAUUUAUAAGCAGUUUGGAGGGAUAUUUAUUUUUAUUAUCUUUAAUAUCUUGCAUUGAAAUCAGAAAAAUAUAAAAAUCCUGUUAUGACAAUGAAUGCAUAAUUAUGAAUGAAAUAAAGACAAGUUAACAGAUUAAAGGUCAAGUCCACCCCAGAAAAUUGUUGAUUUGAGUCGAUAGAGAAAAACCAAACAAACAUAUGCUGCAAAUUUCAUUGAAAUCGGAUGUAAAAUAAGAAAGUCAUGGUUUUGCUUAUAUUUUACAAAACAGUUACAAAACAAACAUAUGCUGCAAAUUUCAUUGAAAUCGGAUGUAAAAUAAGAAAGUCAUGGUUUUGCUUAUAUUUUACAAAACAGUUAAAUGCACAACUCAGCAAUAUGCAAAUGAGAGAGUCAAUGAUGUCCAUCACUCACUAUUUAUUUUGUUUUUUAUUAUUUGAAUUAUACAAUAUUUCAAUUUUUACAGAUUUGACAAGAAAGGACGAACUUAACUAACCAUAAACUGUUAAAAUAAUGGUAAUUCUACAUGUUUCAGGGAGAAAUAAAACUUUGUUUCACUUGACGAGGAGAAAAUUAGAAUAUUUCAUAUAAUAAAAUACAAAAGAAAUAGUGAGUGGGUGACGUCAUCAGUCUGCCAAUUUGCAUACCGACCAGGAUGUGCAUAUAACUGUUUUGUGAAAUUAAGCGAAACUUUGAAAUGUCAUAACUUUCUUAUUUUACAUCCAAUUUUGAUGAAAUUUUCAGUGUUUUGCUUGUUGGAUUUUUCUCCUUUUUUUCAAAUCAACUUUUUGUUGGGGUGGACUUGUCCUUUAAAACAACCAUGGGGAUUGGCAUAUAGAGCCUACCUCACCAGUCCAUUGAUGAUAUACUAAUAUUGUAAAGGUUUACAUGGCAUUGCAGUGCCAUGAAGCAUUAAUUGAUAUAUUUAUAAAAAUUGGUAAGCUUCUUUCGUGUGGUUGUCUCAAAUCAUGUGUGUCCUCCAAGGAAAAAACUCUUCAUCCCUCGGCGCCAUUCUAUCAUCGAGAAUACAUCACCCAAAAUUCACAAAUAUUGUUUUGAAACCAUUGUUUAUACAGGUUUCAUGCAUGGAUGCCUAAUUGAGCCUUUGUCAUUGCUAACAAAAAGUGGGUAUGUUGUUGACAUGAAAUAUGCAAUAACAAUGGUUUCAAAACCCCCUUUGUGAGCCUGGGCCUAUGUGUUCCCAAUGGUGGAAAGCAUAUGAGUGUAUGAGUGAUGAAGUAUUGUCAAAGUAUGGUUUUUAAAAUGAUAUUUCCCAAGUAAAUUGAAUGUUGGUUAAGUUGUACAUGCAAUAUAUUAUCACCAUCGGACACCCUUAAUUUCAUACUCACUUCUACGAGAACAAAUAUUUUAACCAUCACACACCAUUAAGGGAUGGGAAAUUAUGGACUUAGUGUAUGAAAUUUGGCCAACUGCUUGUGUGUAAUGUCAGAAAGUCAUAAAUUUGAAGUUUCAUUAUUCAUUACUCUUAUUCUUUAAUGGAUUUUGUGAAACCUUCACCAGUAUUUUUCUCUAUUUCUUUGUUUAUACUAAAGCAAACUUUAUCAUCUUGGUUUACUUCACCUCUUAAAAGUUUUAGUCAUGAUCAGUUGAUCAAGACGUAAUAUGAUUAUACCAUAGCUUGGCCAUCUUAAUGAAGUAAAGACGAUCAAAGAAUUUUGUGUCAAAAAUGUACGAGCAUGAUGACUGCAUCCACUGGAGUAUAAAGAGGGGGUGUGAGGGGCACUGCACACUACCCCCCUUCCCCUCCCCCCCCCCAAAAAAAAAAAUAUUUAUAUAAAAUAAAUAAUAAUUUCCAUGACCAAGAAAGAAAAGAGGGAGGGUGAAAUACGACUCAAAAUCUAUCCAAUCUUAGAUUUUCAUUUAGAUUUUCAUUUUGAAAGGUCAACAUUUUUGCUCACUCGCUUCAUGUGCUUGUGACUUUAGAAAUUUGCUUCAUAUGGCAUGUUGUUCCCCCUCAAAGUUUUUUGCUCAUUUUGUCACUGACUCUAACACCAUUAUGCAGAGUGUAUUUUUACUGCUUUUCUGAAUUAUUCUUCUGUUUUUUUUUAGUAUUCCCCACAUUAAAGUACAACUUAGCAUGGGAAUCAUCCAUCCCUUUGAGAGUGAAAACACGUCUCUGCUGAAGGAAUAGUGCUGUUUUCAUGUGAAAUAAUUGUGAGAAAUGAUAAUCACCAGUCUUCCUGUUUUCAUUAUCUUGAUCUCCUGAUAGAUAUAGAGACCUGUAUUCUGAACUCAUGGGUUUAAUUUAAACUCUAGACUAAACUUGUGGUUUAACUAUGGAUAGCCAAUUGUGAGGGGUAUAUCUAACAAUACAAGUUCACUUUGUCAGCUUAUUUGACACAUAAAUCAUUCAUAACUGACUGGGAGUUAUUACUGACAUAGCUCUCUUCAUCAUUCAAAUCUGAGGAAAGAGUGAAGAUGGUAAAGAUUGGAAACAUACAAUUUAAAUUCAAUUUAAAAGUGUUGGAUUCCCAUAGUUUUAACAGAGUUAAACAAACCAUGGCCUAAAUUAAACUUGACUGCAGUUUAGUUGCCAAUUUGAAGUUUUCCACUGAGGAAGCAUUAUUAAACGAAAUAGCCUCACAUUGGAAUAAACAAGUCAGAUUAAUGAAACUAAAACCACGGUCAAAUCAAAAGGGAUUUGCCCACGACUUAACUAUGCACGAAUUCAUACACAUGUUUGUAAUAUACAUUGGCAUGAUACCAAAGUAGGGAGAAAAUCUAUUUACAAAUAAAAUACUAGGUAUAUGAAGACAAUUUGUUUGGAAAUGCAUUGUCAAGGUGUGUUGAUCUUCAAUGCUACGUUAGGAUCCACCGAGUCGGUUGUGAUAAUUUUACUAUAAUUUAUUGUCCAUUCAGGCUUGUGCACAUGUAUUUGCCUCAUGAUAUGCCAUGAAGUCGAGAAGUAAAACAAUUUACACAUAACAUUUGUGAUGUUAAUAAUACAAGUAAUAUCAAUUUAUCAUUAUUUCACAUAAAAUGAUUUCUGUUUCUUAUUUUGCAUCUAUUUCUUUAAUAUGAAUUAUAAUUUUUCUUCAAAAGCAGACUUUACCUGGCUUUGAAGAAAUAUCCCCUCAUGUGAGGAUAUGAUUUGGGGGGUGAUGUUCACACUGUCGCUGCAGAUUUAUCAUUUCCCGUGUGAUUGGCAAUCACAGUAGUAGUCUGAACAGCAUGCAUCACACUUGUAAUACCGCCACACACACAUGGUUUGACUCGUCAUACAAACUCAUUGCAUGAUUGGAAUGAAUACAUUGAUAUGACAUGACGUCAUCUCAUGAAGAUGGUGUGUGGAUUCGAAUAAAUACAGAUAUAUUAACAUGUAGAGAAA